CUGAAGAGUUCUGACAUCAUCUGUCGUUUUCGCUGCUCGAAGAUGUAAGCAAAUAAAAACAAAUAUUUUGUAAGACCUUUACAUAAUAUAAAUAAAAAGUGCCAGAAAAAUGCGAAAGAUAUAGAAAGUCGAAGUGUAAAUGUGAAAGAACGAAAUCACUCGUAUACAUAUACUGAGGAUAAUUUGACGCUACAUACACAUACAACAAAAUCAGUUUCGAGCAGUCAAAUUUAAGCUUGAUAAUCGGAGAAACGUCAGGAAAAGAUGAGACGAAAGGCAGGAGUAGGUGCAAUACAAAAGCAGAAGCUCGAGCAGGAAAAGUACCGAGACAAGGGCACGGAGAUCCAGGAAAACCAGUUCGAGCAGAUGACCAAGCACAUGGAGACGUUCCGCGUGAAUCUUGAGGAGUUUGCUUCAAAAUACAAGAAUGAGAUUAAAAAGAACGCGCAGUUUCGACGUCAGUUCACGGAGAUGUGCGCCUCAAUCGGCGUGGAUCCUUUGGCAUCCGGUAAGGGUUUCUGGUCGGUGUUGGGCAUCGGCGACUUCUACUACGAGCUAGCCGUCCAGAUCGUUGAAGUCUGCAUGGCAACGAACUACAAGAACGGUGGCCUGAUAUCGCUAGACGAACUAAGAACGCGUUUGAUUCAGGCCAGAGGACGUAGAAAAGAACAUCAGGAGAUCACCAAUGAAGACCUGCUAGCUGCUGCGAAGAAAUUGAGAAUAUUCGGGAAUGGCUUCUCCGUACUUCCCAUCGGCAGGGGAAAGCACUUAGUACAGUCGAUACCUGGUGAACUCAGCAUGGACCAUACUGCAGUGUUGAGUCAAGCUAGCUUGUCUACAAACGCCUAUGUUUCCAAGUCUAUUCUGUGUAAAGAAUUGAGAUGGGAGGAGGACAGAGCGCAGAAGGCUUUGGACCACAUGAUGAAAGAAGGACUGGCCUGGUUGGACAAACAAGCAGAAGAUGAGACGUUGUAUUGGUUUCCUAGUUUAUUCACAGCUUGCAUUAUUUCCAAAGAAUGAACUCAGU